GCUCUUGGCGGUGGGCUCUUCACAGCAGGAGAUGGAGAAGUUGUGGCCCUCGGAGGGGUGUGGCUGCCAAGGUGAGGGGGGCAGCAGAAGGAAGCGGGAUGUGAAUACCGGCCCCCAGUUCCAGAUGCCCACCUACCAAGUAUCAGUGCCGGAGAACAGACCAGCAGGCACACCUGUGAUCUUGCUGAGGGCCGUGGACCCUGAUGAGGGGGAUGCGGGCCGAUUGGACUACUCCAUGGAUGCUCUCUUCGACAGCCGUUCCAACAGCUUCUUUGCCAUUGAUCCCCAGACAGGAGCCGUGACUACAGCUGAAGAGCUGGAUCGAGAAACCAAAAGCACCCAUGUGUUCCGGGUGACAGCGACAGACCACGGCAUACCACGUCGCACAGCUCUGGCCACACUCACAAUCACUGUCAGUGACACCAACGACCAUGAUCCUGUGUUUGAGCAGCAGGAGUAUAAGGAGAGCAUGCGGGAGAACCUUGAGGUUGGCUAUGAAGUGUUGACAGUGAGAGCAACCGAUGGUGAUGCCAGCCCCAAUGCCAACAUCCUGUACCGCAUCUUGAACGGGAAUGGGGUCAACAGGAUCUUUGAGAUUGACCCCAAGUCUGGAGUCAUCCGUACCAAUGGCCUUGUGGACAGAGAAGCUGUGGAAUCCUACCAGCUGAUAGUGGAGGCCAAUGACCAGGGCCGAGACCCGGGAGCGCGCAGCAGCACGGCCACAAUUCAUAUUACAGUGGAGGAUGACAAUGACAACUCACCGCAGUUCAGUGAGAAGCGUUAUGUUGUACAGGUACCGGAGAAUGUGGCCUCAAAUACCCACAUCCUGCAGGUAAAUGCCACAGACAGGGACAAAGGCAGCAAUGCUAUGGUGCAUUAUAGCAUAAUGAGUGGCAACACACGGGGACAAUUUUACAUAGAUGCCCAAAUAGGUAAUAUUGAUGUAGUCAGCCAGCUUGAUUAUGAGAUGAAUAAGGAAUACACUCUUCGCAUUAGGGCCCAAGAUGGAGGAAGGCCUCCUCUUUCCAACAUCAGUGGGCUGGUGACCAUCCAGGUACUGGAUGUGAAUGACAAUGCUCCUAUCUUUGUUAGCACCCCUUUCCAGUCCACAGUGUUGGAAAAUGUACCUGUGGGCUAUUCUGUUAUUCACAUCCAAGCCAUUGAUGCAGAUUCUGGGGAGAAUGCCCGACUUGAAUAUGCUCUGGUUGACAUGAGUCCCAAUUUCCCUUUUACUAUCAAUAACAACACAGGCUGGAUUGUAGUGGCUUCUGGUUUGGAUCGUGAAGCUGUGGACUUUUAUAAAUUUGGGGUUGAGGCCAGAGAUCAUGGUAGCCCUCCAAUGACUUCUUCAGCAAGUGUUAGUAUUACUGUUUUGGAUGUCAACGAUAACAAUCCUGAAUUCACGCAAAGGGAAUAUACCAUGCGUCUCAAUGAAGAUGCAGCGGUGGGCACCAGUGUUCUUAUUGUCUCAGCCAUUGAUCGGGACGUCAACAGCGUCAUCACCUAUCAGAUCACGAAUGGGAAUACUCGCAAUCGCUUCUCCAUCACCAGCCAGAGUGGUGGUGGUCUCAUCACUCUGGCCCUACCCUUGGAUUAUAAAUUAGAACGGCAGUACCUUCUUACAAUCACAGCUUCUGAUGGCACUCGGUUUGACACAGCUCAGGUCUUUGUUAAUGUAACUGAUGCUAAUACACAUCGGCCAGUGUUCCAGAGCUCCCAUUACACUGUUAACAUCAAUGAGGACAGUCCAGUGGGUACAACCGUAGUUAUUAUCAGUGCUACGGAUGAAGAUACAGGGGAGAAUGCUCGCAUCACUUACUUCAUGGAAGAUAGUAUUCCUCAGUUUAAAAUUGAUAUAGAUACUGGUGCUGUGACAACUCAGAUGGAAUUGGAUUACGAAGACCAAGUAUCCUAUACUUUGGCAAUUACAGCUCGUGACAAUGGCAUCCCACAGAAAUCAGAUACCACCUAUCUAGAAAUACUAGUUAAUGAUGUCAAUGACAAUGCCCCUCAGUUUUUAAGGGAUAAUUACCAAGGAUCUGUCUAUGAGGAUGUACCUGGUUUCACAAGUGUCCUACAGGUUUCUGCUACAGAUAGAGACUCUGGGAUGAAUGGGAGAGUGUUCUAUACCUUUCAGGGUGGAGAUGAUGGUGAUGGAGACUUCAUAAUUGAAACCACCUCUGGUAUUGUUAGGACGUUGCGUAGACUGGACAGGGAAAAUGUUCCACUCUACGAGCUUAGAGCAUAUGCAGUUGAUAAAGGAGUACCAGCCAUGAGGACUCCAAUUGAUGUCCAUGUCACUAUUCUUGAUGUCAAUGACAACCCCCCUGUCUUUGAGCAUGAUGAGUUUGACAUCUUUGUGGAAGAAAAUAGUCCAAUAGGUUUAGUGGUGUCCCGAAUCACUGCCAGUGAUCCAGAUGAGGGUACCAAUGCUCAAAUUAUGUAUCAGAUAGUGGAAGGUAAUAUUCCAGAGGUCUUCCAACUUGAUAUCUUCUCAGGAGAGUUGACAGCACUGAUGGAUUUGGAUUAUGAGACCAAGUCUGAGUAUGUCAUAGUAGUCCAAGCUACUUCAGCUCCACUGGUAAGCCGGGCUACUGUGCAUGUUCGCUUACUGGAUAAGAAUGACAAUGUUCCAGUCUUGAAGAACUUUGAGAUCAUAUUCAAUAACUACAUCACCAACAAGUCCAGCAGUUUCCCCACUGGAGUGAUUGGCAAGAUCCCAGCCUAUGAUCCUGAUGUUUCUGAUAGUCUUACAUACAGUUUUGAGCAAGGCAAUGAAUUGAAACUUGUUCUCUUGAACCACAGUACUGGAGAACUACGUUUGAGCAGAGCCCUGGAUAACAAUAGACCUUUGGAGGCAACCAUGAGAAUUUCUGUAACAGAUGGGAUCCACAGCGUUGCUGCCCAGUGCAUGCUUCAGGUGACCAUUAUCACAGAUGAGAUGCUGACCAACAGUAUCACUUUGCGACUGGAGAACAUGUCCCAAGAACGCUUCCUUUCACCACUGCUGGCUCUCUUUCUUGAAGGAGUAGCAACUGUAUUAUCCGCUCCCCGUGAUCAUGUUGUUCUUUUCAACAUCCAGAAUGACACGGAUGUUCAGGCUGCCCAAAUCCUGAAUGUUAGUCUGUCAGUACAAUUGCCUGAUAGAAUCCACGGCAGCCAUUACAUUCCUUCAGAAGAUCUCCAAGAACGACUGUACCUCAACCGGACACUCUUGACUGCUAUUACGGAGCAGAAGGUCUUGCCUUUUGAUGAUAACAUUUGUUUGCGGGAACCCUGUGAGAAUUAUAUGCGCUGUGUCUCGGUGUUGAAGUUUGACAGCUCAGCACCCUUCAUUUCCUCCAACACUAUACUUUUCCGUCCUAUCCACCCUGUCAACGGUCUGCGUUGCCGUUGCCCACUGGGUUUUACUGGUGAUUAUUGUGAAACUGAGAUUGAUCUUUGCUAUUCCAAUCCCUGUGGAAAUAAUGGCCAUUGCCAAAGCCGGGAAGGAGGAUAUACUUGUGAGUGCCAAGAGGGCUACACUGGAGAGAACUGUGAAGUGAAUUCCCGGUUGGGCCGCUGUACCCCUGGUGUCUGCAAGAAUGGUGGCACCUGUGUCAACCUGCUGGUGGGUGGUUUCAAGUGUGACUGCCUGUCUGGAGACUAUGAGAAGCCGUACUGUCAGAUGAGUACCCGUAGUUUCCCGGGCCACUCCUUCCUUACUUUUAAGGGGCUGCGCCAACGCUUCCAUUUCACCAUUGUUCUCACGUUUGCCACUAAGGAACGGGAUGGUCUUCUCCUCUACAAUGGGCGUUUCAAUGAACGGCAUGAUUUUGUUGCAUUGGAAAUAGUUCAAGAGCAAGUUCAGCUUACUUUCUCAGCAGGAGAAACCACAAGCACUGUUGCCCCAUUCAUCCCAGGAGGUGUGAGCGAUGGACAGUGGCACACUGUCCACUUGCACUAUUAUAACAAGCCUGUCGUGGGGACGUCUGGAAUUCCACAGGGGCCUUCAGAUGAGAAAGUAGCUGUGGUGACAGUAGAUGACUGUGACACUUCAGUGGCCUUGAAAUUUGGCUCUAUUCUAGGAAACUAUUCCUGUUCAGCUCAAGGGACACAAUCAGGCACAAAGAAAUCCUUGGAUUUGACAGGUCCCUUGUUACUGGGUGGCAUUCCUGACCUUCCUGAGAGUUUCCCAGUACGGAACCGGCAUUUUAUAGGUUGCAUGAGAGACUUCCUGAUUGAUAAUCAAGAUGUAGACCUGGCUGACUUCAUUGCAAAUAAUGGAACUUUGCCUGGCUGCUGUGCCAAGAAGAAUUUUUGUGAUACCAACACAUGCCAUAAUGGUGGAACUUGUGUCAACCAGUGGAAUACUUUCACCUGUGAAUGUCCCCUGGGGUUUGGAGGCAAGGACUGCAAACAAGAAAUGGCAAGUCCUCAGCGUUUCUUGGGCCACAGUAUGGUGAUUUGGAGUAAUUUGGCAUUGAUCAUCACGCUUCCUUGGCACAUUGGACUUAUGUUUCGUACCAGGCAGAGCAACGGUGUCCUCCUCCGUGCUGCAGCGGGGCAGCAUUCUACCAUAACACUUUGGUUAAAUGAAGGUACAGUGCUGAUGACCGUGUACCGAGCCAACAUCCAAAUUUCAGCAUUGAGGCUACACCAGGUGAAAGUGAAUGAUGGUGACUGGCAUCACCUACAAUUGGAGCUGCAUAGCAGCUGGGACAAUCCAGAAGCCCAGUGGUUAGCCAUAAUGGCUUUUGAUUAUGGUUUGCACCAGGUGAUGGCCAAUAUUAGUAGUGAACUUCGUGGACUAAAAAUGUGGAAUUUGAGUAUCGGUGCUAUACUGGGGGAGAAAGGAAACCUGCAGCAUGGAUUCCGUGGUUGCAUGCAGGGUGUAAGGAUGGGGGAGACGUCAGGCAGUGCUAUCACCUUGAAUGUAAACCAGGCUGAGAAAGUGAAUGUGGAGCAUGGCUGCAGUAUCCCAGACCCUUGUGACUCCAAUCCUUGUCCUCUCAAUAGCUACUGCAAUGAUGAUUGGGAUAGUUAUUCCUGCAGUUGUGAUCCAGGUUACUAUGGAGACAGCUGUGCCAAUGUCUGUUCCUUUAACCCCUGUGAGCAUCAAGCCAUUUGUGUCCGCAAACCCAGCUCAUCCCAUGGCUACACCUGUGAGUGUCCUGACAGCUACUUUGGGCCAUACUGCGAGAACAAGUUAGCCCAGCCCUGUCCACGGGGAUGGUGGGGGCAUCCUAUAUGUGGCCCCUGCAACUGUGAUGUUGAUAAAGGAUUUGACCCCGACUGCAACAAAACUAAUGGAGAGUGCCACUGCAAGGACAAUCACUACCGUCCAGCAGAUAGCGCUACAUGUUUCCUCUGUGACUGCUACCAUACCGGCUCAUUAUCUCGCACCUGUGAAGCUGAGACUGGGCAGUGCUCCUGCAAGCCAGGUGUCAUUGGACGCCGCUGUGACCGCUGUGACAAUCCUUUUGCAGAAGUUACCAUCAGCGGCUGUGAAGUGAAUUACGAUAGUUGCCCACGUGCCAUUGGAGCUGAUAUUUGGUGGCCCCGCACCCGCUUUGGUUUACCUGCAGCUGCACCUUGUCCUCGGGGAUCUGUAGGGACUGCUGUGCGGCACUGUGAUGAACACAAGGGCUGGCUGGCACCCAAUCUUUUCAACUGUACCUC